AGAAUCCACAACCCGGUGGCUUAUAAUGCGGUUAUACCCCUCUUCCAAGGCCCAAGCAAACCGAUCUUGCCAUACCUUCUAUUUUCAGGCUACUAGAUUUAUAGUAUGCCAGACUCCAAAACAGCUUCCGAGGAGCUCGUGGAGAUCUCCCGCCUCAACCUCAAAGCCUCCGCUCCAGCCGAAGCCAUCAUUACUGAUGUGAAGCACCUGGCUUCCUAUAACUGGAUUGAAGCAUCCACGCCCACCAUCGCUGUCCCAGGCAGUCCAGCCCAGUGGUCUGCUCCACAAGGGUCCCGACGGGUGAAAAAGGAUAGCGGCCUUGUUUAUAUUGCCCAAAAUUCUGCUCGUCAUCCCGAUAGCCCUCUGGAACCGUUGUUUCGCUCCCUCUACAUUGAGCACCCCUCAUUCGACAUUAACUCAAUCGACGUCGUGACCGACCGAAACAACAUUCGCAAACUUCUGUCGUUUAUCAAUCCCACUUUUACCAAAAAUGGGCUCGAUCCAUUCACCAUCCAGGUGGGUAUGACCGCUCGGACUGCAAUAUUUUGCCGUGACGAGACCGCCACCUACGAAGUGAUUGGGCCAGGCGAAUUCCGAGGCUUUGGUCAUGAAUUCGAGAAAGCAUCCACGAUCAAUCAGGUUAGAGGCAGCACCGGGCACCACCGCAUCGUUUCAUACCGACUGGGUGGUCUGGGUUUCCUCGUGCGCCAUGAGACAGACGGCUACGUUGGGGAUUUGAAGCCUGCUGUAAAGAAUGACGAGUCGACAAGGAACAAUAUUGCAAACAUGUUAGAAUCAUUGUCCCUCUCGCCGGAUACCACCUCCAUUGACGAGACCCCCGUUCAGUCUAAAUUGACCAUCAAGAAGGAAGGUCGGGUAGUACCACGGGAAUCAACCCUAGAGAUCAAAACUCGCGUUUCCCACAAACCUCUGGAGCUGCCGGAAGUUGCGCCUCAGCUCUGGGUUUCCCAGACGCCCAAGCUUGUCCGUGCUUAUCACCAACGUGGAACAUUCUCGACGCCGAAAGUGGAAGAUAUGACUGCCGCAGUGAAGGAUUGGGAGAAAACCCACCAAGAUGAUAUCAAGAGACUCGUUGCACUCAUUAAUCGCAUCCUUCGAGUGACCAGGGGUUGGGGUGGGAGUUCUACGAUUCAUUACGAUCCUCUAAAAGAUAAACUGGUCGUCAAGAAGACUGAGAGAAAGAAGAUGCUCCCAGACGAUCUUUACUCCCGAUGGACCAAAGCAAUUCCCGUCAGUAUCCCACAGAAGAUUUCUGAGCACGAUUCAUCUUCUACUCAAAAGAAGUCUGAUAUUCGGAGACGUGCUGCAGAACUUGACCAAAUAAAGCCACUCAAAGUGUUAUCAGGGCAGAACGAAUCAAACUUCGACAUGGAGAAAAUGGUGCCACAACAAACUUGCGAAUAAAUCAGUCAUAAGCCUUUCGAGAUUUCAUGGAAUUCAAGAGACUGAAGUUUGGUAGCAUUAGAAGACUUUAGGAAUGGAGGUAGGCUAUUUGAAUUAAUAAAUCGUUUCCACUCAAGCAUAGGGCAUCUAAGCUCAUUUUCAUUCUGUACAUACAACCAUUCAUCCGAGAGGAACACCGCUAUGUAGAACUCCAAGAAGGCAGAAUAUAUCAAUGUAGACAAAAAGCAUAGCGCUAGCCCUUUGACACAUUACCAUACAUGGGCUUUACAG